AUUAAUUGGUAUUGCACAUAAAGUUAUUGAUCUUGAUCGUAAAAAGCAAAUAAAUGCUAAAGGUGUAGUUUUUAAUUUUCAUAUCAAAAAAGUAUUAGUAUAUAGUAUUGAAGAUAAGAUUGUUAAAAAAAUAGAAAAGUUUCCUUAUUCUAUGCAAUUGAUGCUUAUAAAAGAAGCCUUUGCAAUAAAUGAUAAGUUAGAAAAGGGUAAAGGUGUACCAGAACUUAUUUUUUUAGAUU